AUGACCCCACGCGACCAGUCCGGCAGGCAGCCAGUGCCCCGCCCCGGCCAAAACGCUGCUGGGGGCACGGAUGAAAAGCUUUCAGCGUGCAGGGACCUGGAGCAGUUACUGGCCGCCAAUCUGCAUCUGGAGGCUGGAACCCAGGAAUUCAGCACCAGCCUGGAGAUAGCGUCUCUUCGGCUGCAGCAUGCAGUGGAGUUGGCUGAGCUGCGGGGGGCUCAGAACACGCUAGUCCAGCAUGUGGCCCACCUGAGUGAUGCCUUGAACCGCAGUGAGGCCGAAUGCAAGGAGCAACGGGCCAGGGCAGGGCGCUGUGCCCGGGAGCUGGCAGGCCUGGCUGGGCAUUGUGAGGAGCUGCAUGCCCAGCUGUGGGAGCGGUCGCAGGAGGUUGAGGGGUUGCGGACGGCACUGGGAGCGGCACUGCAGGCACGGGACCAGUUGGAGGCCCGGUGGGUGCAGGAGAAGCAACUGGAGGCCCAGCGAGUCAAUGAGGCCAAUGUCCGGGAAGAAAGGUACCAGAAUCAGGUGUUUCGACUGCACCAGAAGCUGGAGAUAAUGCGGCUGGGAGCAAUGGCUGGAUCCCCUGGAGCUGAGCUGGUGACCAGUGAAAGCAGAUGUAACACGUCCUGCGAGGAGCUGGCAGCGGAGGGACUGGACUUCAGGGGCAGCUCAUCCCCUGGUAGAGGAGAGGAGAUGCCUGGUGAGAGACCAGAGCCAGUGCUCCCACCCACCGCUGGAGCUCCUUAAGUGGUUGCGCCUGGGCCCCCUAUUGCUGGGGAAGUCUGGCUCCACCUGCUCCCUGCUGGGGCCCAGCCACUGACCACCCCAAGCUGUGAGAGCAGGGGAAGGAAAACUGGCCAUUCUAUGCAAAGACCGGUUGUGCUGAUCUGUAUAUCUGAAUGUACAUGGAUGAUCUGCAUAAAUAGAGCCUUGCUCCUGGAAUGUG